GGAGAGAGAGAGGAGAGGACUAGGCGCGGUGAAAUGUCAACUGGCCAGUGCAAAUAAUAAUUGUCCAUGGGGCCAACCAAGAAGGAGGAGCCAAUGAACUUGCUGACAACUUGAGCCGGCCACAAGUAGCAGGUCGUGGAGGAGAAGCCCCUUGGGCGGUCAAGGAAUCAUGGGUGACCUCCAGGCCACCAUCGAGUUCUCCGUGGAGCUGCACAAGUUCUUCAAUGUGGAUUUGUUUCAGCGCGGCCUCUACCAGGUGCGUUGUGGCCUACGUGUUUCGCCCCGUCUGCCCGUCCAGGUGGAGACGAGCAUUCCGGAUGCCAGCGGCCCCGGCAAACAGAACGGACACGCGAACGGCCUGGGUUCCGGAUCCGGCUCCGGAUCGGCCAACGCCACCGGCAAUGCCACCGACCAUGGCAGCAGCGACAGCGAGCGAGGCGAAUUGUCACCGGGCGAAGGCAGUGGAAACCUGGGGAAUGCCUCACUGGCGGGCAGCUGCUCCUCCGCCUCGGUUAUCAACGGCAGCGGUGCCUCGCGCAUCUUUCAGAUACUCUAUCGGAAUGAGGAGGUGCCUUUACGCGACAUUAUCCACUUUCGGAGUCAUCUUUUAGUUGACAGUCGUCACCUGAAGGAGUCCAUUGAACGGGCCGAGUUCUCCUUGCAGCUGGAGCUCUGGUUUGGGGAACAAAACGGCUCCAGCAGCCUCAAUGGACACGGAGGUGGCGAUGGUAGAAUGGGCAGCUUCUCUGGCGGUAGCACUACACUGACACUGGCCUCCACCAGGAGUCUGCAGUUGAACUUUCAUCCGGGACGCGGCCUACACUAUCACCUGCCUGUGCUGUUCGACUAUUUUCACCUGGCGGCCAUCAGCGUGGGCAUUCACGCCAGUCUCGUGGCCCUCCAUCAGCCGUACAUCAAGCGAAGCAUGUUCUCGUACAUGAAAUUCUGUGCCCCUCGAAGCUCGAAGCCUUGGAGUGCCGGCAAGCUGAGCUGCCGGGGUAACACCUCACCGGGUCCCCUGGAGGCAGUGUUCUUUGGUCCUCAGAUAGGUGGCACCACCAAAUGCAGCGGCGGUCCUGCAGGGCGUCUGCUCCAGUCCCGGGCCAUACAUCGGGAGAUCUGCUGCCUGCUUCUGGGCGCCAUCGAGCAGUUGAAGGCGACACUCAAUGAGUUCAGUACCGUGCUGCCGCCGAGCAUCAACUCGCAGAUUGGAUCGCCGCCUCUAAGGGAGAACGAUACUGGCGAGCGGCUCCAGCUGCUGCUGGAUCAAGCCAAGCAACUGGAGGCGGAGGAGGACUUUGCCAUUCGUGCCAAUUCGGACAUUGCCCAGCUGUGUGCGGAGAGCAUCUUCUGGUGGCGCCGCGUGCUCCUGGCCUCCCGAUCCUCCACGGCGGUGCACACGCUGCUGGCGCGGAAGCAUCACAUCCUGAGAGUGCGACGCUUUGCCGAGGGUUUCUUUGUGCUGGAGCAACCGCGUCAUGCGGCUGCCGCUGGCUGUCAAGAGCAGGCCAAUGGAUCACCAUCGCUGGGUCACUGUCAGGGCUAUGUGGCCAUUGCAGAGCUUGCACGGAGGAGCCGCUAUCUUCAGUCCCUGCCCCCGCUUCCCGUUCACUGUACGCCCAUCGAUGGCGACGCCUCCUCACUGCCCCUCAUCUUUGAGGAUCGCUAUGUGACGCCGGGUAGCAGCUAUGGACGAAGGCGCUCCGGCAGCGAUCCCCAGCUGGACGAAUCGGUGUCCAUUGGUGGUGGGGUCGGCGGCUGUCAGAAGAAAAAGGUUGAUAAGACCCACUCGAGUAGCAGCCUGAACGGGAUCAAGGACUGCCUGGCCUGCCACUUCGACUACGACUACCCGCAGACCAACGGCUCCGGUCCGGCUCAUCCGCAUGCCAAGUGCGUGGUCACACCACGCUUCGCCUUGGGCGGGGAAGUACUUCAGGCCAGCCUGACCAUAGCUCCCAGCAAAGAGCAGGCUCCUGCUCCUCCAGCCCCCACAGCGGCACUACGCCACAAUCUCUCCCGGCACUCGGUCACAGGUCUGCUGGAGGAUCUCGAUUUGGACUCCAGUCUCCCGGCGCGGCACAGCAAGUCCCUGGAUCAACUCGAUGGCUGUGAAGGAUUGCCCACGAAUCCGGCGCCACCAACGACCAUCCACACGUUGCCGCGUCUCCAGGCGGAUGACCUGAUGAGGAACAUUUGUGAGUUCCGGCAACGCUACGGGAAGUUCGAUUACCUGCACGAGAUCAAGCUACUGAAUCCUCCCAAGCAGCAGCACAGCACAGCGCAGCAGCAGCAACAGGGACAGUCGGCGCAGCAGGGACAGCAGUGCACCAAUGGCUACAACUCGCUGCCCAAGUCGAUGGUGCCGCCGAGGAACUCGUAUCCGCCGCCACCGCCGACACAGCAUACAACGAUGCCGCGGAGCAGCUCCUCGCAGAUACCGCGUGCCGUGGAGAUUGCCCGCGUGAGAGUGUCGGACAUCAAGGAGAUGCUGCGCCAGGGCCAACUCAGGAAAGAGUCCAGCAGUUCCGAGAGCGACAUGAUGCAGAAGCUCCAGAUGCUGAGUUCCAACAGCGUGCCCUUCCGCCUCGAAGGCGCUGGCGGCGGCAAUGGCAAUGGAACGAGCAACAACAACACCACCAGCAGCGAUCCCAACACCAGUGGGUUCAGUGAGUCCCUGCCCAAUCUGGCUCCUCCGCCUGAAUUCGAUUCGGACUCGCAGUUGAGACGGCAAAGGAGCAACUCCACCUCCUCACUGAGUGAGGAGAGCGGCUGGCUUAACCUAGGCAUGGGUAUGGCCAUGGAGACGCGUCUGAACGGGGAACAGCUGCGCCUGCGCCUUCAGAAGGUCCUGGAGCAGCAACAACUCCAGCAACAACAUCCCCACAAGACGCGGAAGAGACAAACGGGGACCUCCAGUCAGAGCAGAACCCCAGCUCGUCAGCCGCCGGAGGUACACAAGAAAGUGUCCUCGGUGACUGUGAAUAUCAAGAAGGAACGCUCCCGCUUCCAGUUGGACCGACUGCGUCACCUGCCCAACGGAGAGUCCACGGAGGUGGAGGAGAUGGAGCCGCCGCCACGCAGGAAUCGCCACAAGACUGCCAACUCCACGGGCAAGUCCAAGUCGGACUUUGACAUUACCAGUCUGAAGGACAUGCAGCCCCUGGACGCGGUCUGCCUGCCACCACCUCAGCAGUUUCAAGACCAAGAACAGGAGCUGGCUUUGGCCGCCCUGGCUCCACCGCCGCCCGACGAGUUCCGGGAUCCGCCACCAGAACCAGCACCCUCUGCGGCACCUCUCCCUGUUCCUUCUACCGUUGCCGUUGCCGUUCCUAUUCCCGCCUCACUUCCUCCAAGUGGCAAAGCCAAGAUCCAGGUGACCUGCCAUUUGCCUCCGCCGCCGCUCAAGGAGCGCCAACCGGUGGGUGCCAUCGAUAAUCCGGUCUACCACAUCUACGAGUCCCUGCGACCAAUCUCCACACCAGCCAUCUUCACCAAUAAGCCCGUACUGAAAUCCCACAGCCUGGCAGAGCUGAAGAGGCCACAGAAUCUCCCGAAUCCGCUGAGCCAUCAAUGCAAGUCACAUGCCAUCAAUGGCAGUAAUGGCUUGGACGCCGAGCAGGACGAGAAUAAGGAGAACUCCAAUGGGCAGGUACGGGCGGCCAAGCCACCGGGCAACAGUUCUCAUCCCGCUGGCAAGCACAAGCGGAAGGGACAGGCCUCCGCCGCUGUCCAGGAGGCGCCGCCCAGCAUAUCCCUCUUGGAGUUUGAAAAGUACCGCGAGGAGUUCCGCAAGCAAAUCAAGUAUCAGGGCAGCAUAUACUCAGACUACGUCCAGCUGGCCUCCGAGCUGCCCUACUUCUACAUCAGCGACGAGUACCGCGCCUUCUCGCCCAACGGCAUGCAUCUAGUCAUCUGCGUCCACGGACUGGAUGGUAACUCGGCGGAUUUAAGGUUGGUGCGCACCUACCUAGAGCUGGGACUGCCGGGAGUGAACCUGGAGUUUCUCAUGUCAGAACGAAACCAGGGAGACACCUUCUCUGACUUUGACACCAUGACUGAUCGGCUGGUAACCGAGAUACUCUACCAUAUCGAUAGCUGCGCUCUGAAUCCUGUUCGCAUCUCGUUCGUGGCCCAUUCCCUGGGCACAAUCAUUGUGAGGAGCGCCUUGGCCAGGCCUCAGAUGCGUCCUCUGCUGCCGCGCCUGCACACCUUCCUCUCGCUCUCGGGUCCGCACUUGGGUACUCUCUACAAUACCAGUGGACUGGUUAAUAUGGGCAUGUGGUUUAUGCAAAAGUGGAAGAAAUCCGGUUCCCUGCUGCAGCUUUGCAUGCGCGACACCACUGACAUGAGGAACAGCUUCCUGUACAGGCUCAGCCAGAGAAGCACCCUGCAUCACUUCAAGAACAUUCUGCUCUGCGGCUCCAGCCAGGAUCGUUAUGUGCCAGCGCAUUCCGCACGAUUGGAGCUGUGCAAGGCUGCCAUGCGGGAUAGCUCUACUCUGGGCACCAUUUACAGAGAAAUGGUUCACAAUGUCAUAGCCCCGAUACUAGCCCGGCCGGAACUGACUUUGGCUCGCUUUGAUGUCCAUCACGCUCUGCCUCAUACGGCUAAUACACUGAUUGGUCGGGCGGCUCACAUAGCUGUCCUGGACUCGGAGUUAUUUAUUGAGAAAUUUAUGCUGAUUGCGGGCCUCAAGUACUUCAGUUAACCAGAUCAAGAGCGUCCCAAGGAACCAAAACAAUUGCUGACUUUUUAAAAGAUCUUUUGUAGAGUCCUAGAGAGUUCAUAAAGAGUACAGUACAUGCUAGAAGGGGUCCAUAAUAUAUUUACAUUAAUCCCUUGUCGAAAUCCUUCCUUAAAGCUGAUAUAUUUUACUCAAGAUUCUUGGAAAAGUUCCUAAAAACAUUUUUUUACUCAUUUAUUCUUUGUUGUGUUAAUUUAUUUCAGUUUAAUUUUAAUCUACUUAUAACCCUUUCCAGCCUGUACUUUACUUCAAUAUUAACCUAAUAUAAAGAACUAGUUAAAAAACAGGGUACUCAUUAAUUAAAGUCAGAACAAGAACCAGUGUCAUCAGAUCCGCCAAAACUGAUUCCCCAUACAACCGCGAAUUGGGACAAGGAAUUUAUUGAAGCAAAUCGUUAGACUUGAAUUUUUUACCAAUGCAACUCUUUUGUAGGGAAUUGAUAUCCACUCACACACAACCACAUACGAACAAAUCAAAAAACCAAAGAAUGUUUAAUCAAAAACCUAUAACCAAAAUGGCGGCAUAACUGUUGAAAACGUGUUACCGAUACUUACAUUUUUUAGCUUUAAGAGUUGAUCGCAUACGAAACCUAAAAAAAAGAAGCCAAAGCAAAAGCAUCAUAAGUAGUGUUAAAUUCAAGUUCAAAACUAUACACGAGACUUUUUCGAAACGUUUGAAUUGCGAAAGGAAAGUGAACGGAAACGGAAACGGAGACGGAAACGGAAACGGAAAUGAGAACCAUCAUGUUAAGUAUACGUAACUAUCUGUAGUAGUUGAGCACGGGACGAGGCAAGGUUGCAUUUUGAUGAAAUUAGCAGAAUAGUAUUAGCAAUUUUUAAGACUAAUCAAAAAACAAAAACGCCGAUGGUUUUUUCCAAAUCUUUUUACUGCUAGACAAAAAGAAAGAGAACAAAUUUAGAUGAACUAGAGUUAGAGGUAGAGGUAGCGUUUGAACUAGUCGAGUUGUUGGUAGCUGACUGCGUCUUCGGGGGAGCGUCAAUUAAGUUAAGGGGCAGAGGUCUAGAGGUUUAUUUGCAGGCCUAGGUUUUUCAUUGGGAACAAGAUUGAUGCACGUGUAAAGCAGUUAGGACGAAACUUUUGCAAAUUCUUAGCCUAGUCUUAGUCUAUAGAACUCUGUCGUUUCUGAGCUUUUUCGAAUCGUUGUUGUGAACUAAUACUGUUUGAGACCCUACCAGAAAUUGCAUUCUUCGUGUGUAUGUGUGUAACCGUCCUAAAUGUAACGACUUUAUCAACUUUGCUAACGCGAAAACCAACCAAAAAUGUGUGUAACUGGUUUUUAAAAUUGUUUGUGUGCGUAAAAAAGAACUUUGAAUGUGUAUUUUGAAGCGUUUCGUAAGGCACUACGAUUUUACUUAAUGUAUUCCAUCAAAAUUGAGCAAGAGAUUCCCCUCAG